UUGGCUAGAGCGACGAAAAGAACCCGAGUAUUGGAUUACAAUUGAAGUUAAAGAUUUUUCAUCGACGUUUCUUCUCAGAUUUCAAGUAAGGGAUCAUCCGAAGGCCGCCCAUGUCGCCGCAAACGACUGUUGUAUUUUUCCUUGGCGUUUUGGUAGCGUUUUGCCUCGGCCUGGAGUUCGAGGAACGCGGAUUUGAUUUUGUCCAAAAGGAGUAUGCACGUGCUAUCACGGAAUACCAUGCUGUCAAUAAAACUGUGAUGCACAUCAGAGCUGUGGGAUGCGAAGGGCCUGUGAAGUAUACCAUAGCUCAGCCGGAUACACCUUUCAAGAUCGAUGAAAAAGGACAUGUUUGGCUUGUGAAGAGACUUAACUAUGACAAAGCAAGUUCCUAUCUGUUGAAUGUGACAGCAGAAGCUGGAGAUGGGAAAUGCAUUGCCUACACCAAAAUCCACUUUGAAGUUUUGAACAUGAACAAGCAUGCACCACAGUUCGAAUUUGAGAAGUACAGUUGUGAUAUUAUUGAGAAUACGCGAGAAAUGAGGUUUAAUCCACCCAUGAGGGUUCUGGACAGCGACAGUGGAAAAGCAGGAAAGAUAAGCAGUGUGAAAAUUGUGGAGUCUGGCCUUCCGUUUGUGUUCACUGUUGAUGAGAAAGGAAAUGUCCAGGGGAGGGCUACUAAAAACAUGGAUGCAGAAGAUAUCACAGACUACUUCUUUGAUGUCAUUGCCUGGGAUAGUGGAGAGCCUUCAAAAUCUUCCUUCCCCAUCAGCUUAGAGUGUGAAGUUGAUGAUGUGAAUGAGUUUGGACCGCAUUUUACGCCAGACACUUACCAGGCUAAGAUUGCUCGUGGAAAGACAUACUCUAACAUCACUCAGGUCUUUGCUGAAGAUAAAGACAUCGGUAUUGUCAGUGGCAGAGUUUGCAAGUAUGUUAUUGAAGGCUUCAAUCUUCCAUUCAAAGUCAAUGAUGAUGGUGUUAUCAGCAUUGAUCAGCCUCUGGGACGUGAUGCCUAUGAUUUAUAUGAGUUUCAAGUGGAUGCUAUUGACUGUGGUGGACAAAUGUCAAAGAGCAGUGCAAAAGUAGCAAUCUCUGUAGAAACAGUACAACCACCUUGUGCUGAAGAGUUUGUUGGACCAGCUAAACACAAGUUCACCUUACAGCAAUGCACUGGAAAAGUUUAUGUCACCCCUGACAUCACCUUGAACAAGUGCGCCAGAAAGCAAGAAAAGGGCAAAUUCUCUGCGAAUGUCAGUCUGGUAACCGAAGCAGGCAUGGGCUGUGACAGAGAAACAUUUGAAGGAUCAGAUAUGUUUACCCUUUGUGGGGCAAGCAACUUUAUUGAUCUGCUCCCCAAACCAGGAGUUGGUAGGGAAUGGACAGAGAACAUUGCAAAGAAGAAUGAAAAAGAUGCACUUGGCUUUUCAUUCAAUGGGAAGACAUAUGUGGACAUCCCUGAUGAAGUCUUGCCAGAUGACAUUGGUGACAAGUUUACCAUCAGCACAUGGAUCAAGGUGGCCAAAUCCAAAGGUCGCCAAACUAUUGUUGCCAACACUGAUAAGGAACGCCUGGACCGUGUACAUUUCUCUCUGUCUAUAUAUGGGAGCAAGCUGAUUUUUUUGCACAAACGUGAGGCCAUACACGCUAACCGCGAUGUCUACUGCAAUGCAGAAUUUCAGUACAAACCAGCCAUUUUUGACGACAAAUGGCAUCAUAUUUUGGUGAUUGCUGACGGCUGUGCUACCAAGAUGUAUGUUGAUGGAGAGCACUACGCAGCAGUGAUAACUGAAGCAGACCGAACCCUCCACAACUCAAACCUGAAAAAUAAGGUGACUGUUGGUGCCCGCUAUUUGGCAAAGGAGGGAGUUUACACUGAUAGGCUCACAGGAUAUUUGUCUGGACUUACAAUCAGGCCCAAUAGCACUCUUAAUGAACAGGUUCUGGGCUGUGUGAUUGGCUGUAAAGAACAUGUGAAUGUUGAUGGCCCUCUUCCUCCUAAAUUCUUGGCCAAAAUCAUUGAUUUUGGAAGUAUUGCAAUCACUGGGGAAGGAUCACCUAGUGACUUCAUCAAGGCCUUGCAAAGUCUUGUGUACAUUAAUGAGCGCAUGGUGCCAACACCGGGAAAACGCUCCGUGAUCAUUGAGGCCAAGAUUAAUGAGAAACCACUGGCAACCAUCACUGUGGACAUUAACGUUGCAGGAAAUACACGUCCUGUGAUAAUUGUUGAAGGUUUGGACGCAGACAUUGGACUGAACUGGGCGAAGAGAAAGGUUGUAAAACAGAAAGGUUUGCAUGUGUUUGAUUCCCUGGAAAUCGAUUAUGAUGCUUGUCCAAGAGAUGACGAGUUCUCUCCAAUCGACAAGGUGCGCUUUUUGGAUGAAGCAGUGGUAAAAGUUAAGCCGGCCUUCAAGAAAGGAGAAAGUUUUAAUUUUCCCACAGGAAUUAAAGGACUGAAGGAGAAGGGACUGACUGUGAGUUUCAACAAUGAGGAGCUUGUUAUUCGAGGAAUUGCACACUUUUCAGAAUACGAAGAUGUCCUUCGACAGAUGGUGUAUGUGAACUUGGAUCCAGAUGACCUGAUGCACCUAGAGAUAACUGUGACUUUGUCAACCCUGAAGGGCAAAUGCAAAAGUGAUUCAGAACGACUUAACAUCAACACCAUUCACUCUAACAGAGGAUUCAAAGACUACAACAUCAAGUUUGCCGAGAACAACCAGAAGGAAGAGAUGAUGCCUGGUAUUGUUUCUGUGGAAGCUGCCAUGGGCAAGGAGUCAUCAAGUGGUCUGUCCAGUGGGGUCAUGGCUGCGAUUAUUGUUUGCAGUCUGGCUGUUUUUGCCUUCCUUCUUGUGCUUGGCAUCUUCAAGUACAGACAGAGGCCAGAGACUGUGAAAGUCGUACCGCCUGGUGACGACAAAGAGGAGAUGUACUGGGAUGACACUGGUCUGAGUGGUGUGCGUAUUACUCUGAAUCCCAUGCAAAAAUUCCAGGAGCUAGACCUGAAUGAAGAUGGCAAUAACACGGAAAAGUCUGACACUGAAGACGAGGAAGGCACAGCAACAAAAGGCCUGUUGGAGUGGGACAACUCUGAUAUGUAAUCACCUGUGGUGACCUUGUGAAACAAAGUUUUUGUUUAAGGGUGGAAGUUUAGUAUCAUGGUUUGUAAUUGGUUUGAAGCUUCAGGUUUUUUUUCCUUCAAUUUUUUUAAUUUGAUUCAAGGGAGAGAGUUAAAAACAGUUAGAAGUUGAAACUCAAUCCAUUUUCCUUCAAGAAAGUUGGAGUAAUUUUGCCUUGAUUAACUGGUUGGUAAUGAUCUACCAGCAUUUCAGUAGAUUUCUGUCUGUGAACUUGAAGCCGUGCUACUGAUUGUUUGAAGUUUGUUCGUUUUUUUUGUCAGUGUUUUCUUUGCAUUCUUUUCAUUGAUGUGGCAUUAGUUUUAAGGUAUUUUGUAGAUUUUUUUAAAAAAAUACUAUUUCUUAAACUUUGUUUACCUUUCACACUUGUUCAAGGUGUGUAAAAAUGAUAUAUAAUCUUGUUGAGAUAAAAACAGAAUUUGUGAUUCCUUUCUUUCCUCGUUUUCUUUUUCAUUAUUAUGUAAGUAACCCUAUAGUAACAAAAAAGAAAACUUCAGUAAAAAUAUCAAGGAAAAUUUACUAGAUAAGAAACCUAUGUGCAGUGCAUACCUGUUUUGUGGAAUUUAAGUAUGGGUCAUGGAAAGUCAUGGAAAUUAUUGAAUGUGAUACUUUUGAGAAUGAAUCUCGUAAAAAAACCUCAUUAUAUGAUUACAUUUACUUGAUUUUGGAAGCACUUUAUUUUUUUAGGUUAUGAGUAACAUCUGUCAUGGAAAAUCAGGACUUGUUUUAUUGACAACUCAUGUAAUUUUCCUUUCUGCUACUUAAUUGUCAUCUCAAGUUAUUCAACAAGGAUUUUUUUGUAAUACAAAUUUGAUUUUGUUAGAGAAAAUGUGAGUUUCUGAAAAGUUUGAGAAAAAAAUAGUGGUAAGGGGUAUCAUGAUUUGAGAUUUCCAUGCCUGUGUAAAAUUGAUUUUUGGGAUUAUUUUUGUGAUUUUUCAUAUUGUAAUUGUUAUUAUUUGUAAUGAAUUAAGUGAGAACUGAAGUCAUGUUAUCUUGUGUUAGCUUAGGGAAAGCUCAAACUUUUUUUUACCACUGAAGAUAGAGUUCAACUUUUUUUUGUAUAAAUUUAAUAAUAUGACAUUAAAAUAUGCUAGUAAUGCCUUGAGUGUACAUAAAUAUAAUGAUGCAUUAGUUGUGCUUUGUGAGUUACUCAUCAUACUCUGAAAAUUAGUUUGGGUGAAUUGUUGGUAGAAAAAAUGCAACAUCAGGAAAAAUUAAAAAGAAAAAAGAAAAAAAGUAUGUAAGGUUGAAUAGAGGUUGUGAUCAUGAUGGUAUUGUAACUGUCGUAAUAGCUUAAGAUCUUUGAUUUCUUUAACUCCCAAAAGUGAUUAACAUGUUAGUUCUCCUUGGAAUUCCAACAAGUUACAGACAAACAUGUCAGCUUAAGGGAGAGUUUUUUGAAAUAAGACCAAAUUCUGCUGUCUUAUUUAAAAGGAAAAGUAUGGCAGUCGGCAGGGAUAACUAAUUAUUUGAUCAUGGGAGUUAAAGAGGUUAAAGGCUAUAUAUUGACUUGUGUAGGAUUCGCAAAAUGGGAAGUGUUGAUCGAUUUUUCGUCCGAUGGAACAAAAAUUGUAGAAUAUAUGUAGAGGCUGAUGGUUAGUGGAAGUCAGUAGAGUUUGGUAAGACCUCAAAGCAAUUUUUGUUCUAAUAAUACAAAUAUAAUAAAAGCGUUAACCCCCUAUGUAAGGAAACAUCAUAACCAUUAAACUGCUGCUAUUAUACAAUGUAAAA